AUGAGGUUCAACUCUGUUGCAGCCCUUCUUGGGGCUGCUGUCGCUGUCCAAGCUCUUCCAGCCAUUGAAGAGCGCGCACAAUAUGCCAACUCCUCCAUCGAAGCCCCGAAGCAGCAGGGUUUUGAAGUUGUCAUUGUCUACGCUCGUCCUGCCGAGGGAUGCCCGGCCAAGCCCGCCCACUGCGAUGCUGGUGCCCACGACGACCAUAAGGCCUACGAGGCUCCUUCUCUUCCCGAACCCUCCAUCGCUGAAGACCACGGAGACUCUGGCUUUAAGGGAAGCAAGACUGCUACCCUUGAGCACGAUGCUCCUAUGGCCACCCUUACCCCCGCCAUCCACUGGAAUUAUGACACUCGCCCGGCCACCAACGUCAUCCCCAUCGCCCCUGAGAAGGCCUCCGAAAUGUUUUACGGCAUCACUGAUCCUUCCAAGGCCGGCCACUUCGCCUUCCUAACCUACUACUUCAAGAGCCCCUCGGUUAACCUCGACCACUGUGACCACGUGACGAAUGUCAAGUAUGACUCUGAUGAGCUGACGAUCGGUUUCGGCUCCGAAGAGGCAUACGAGCACGCUGUCUCUACCUGGGCUGAUGACGAAGAUGUCAUCCUCAUCGUGUACGUCCCUGGCUGCGGCGACUACGCCAAGGGCGAUCGCUGCUACUUCCAGGUCAAGGCUCUCUCGUACAAGAAGGGUGACCUCGUCAUCGUCGCCGGUGGCAAACCUUGCCACCCAGAUGAUGUUAUCUCCAAGGGUGAGACCGAAUGGGGUUGGUGGACUCCUCGCGACGAUGGAUAUGGCCCCAAGGCCCCGAGCACCAAGACCCUGCCUGGCGUCGGAGGACAGGGCACGACCAGCUCUGCCAGGCCUACGACCACUGCUCGCGCUCAAAACACUCAGUCUGGUGCCUCCUUCACCUGGGGAGGUAGCUCGACGUCGAUUGUGACUGCCACGACCGUAGGGGGUUCGUCGCCCUCUGGCAGCGCCUCUGCCGGACCUUCGGCCUCUGGGUCCGGCUCGUCUCCUUCUAACUCCCAAGGCCCCUCUGGCACGUCUGCUCCUGGAGCUGGUAGCACAUCGGCUGGCUUUGCUGCGGCCAAGCCCAACUGCAAUGCUCCUGUUGACACCAAGUACGGUUUGCCCUCAGCCUGUUGGGGUGAGCUCUUCGACUACGACCUUGACACUGAUCUCGGCUAUGAGCCCUUGAGUGCGGAAUAUAAGACUUUCGCCCUUAAGCUCGCCCCCGAGCUUGACGACUAUGCCGAGGCCGAGGGAGAGACCUUCGACGGCGACUUCUGGAAGACGAACAAGCGGGGUAUCCGUGUCCUGAACAAGCGUUUCUGUGGCUUCCUGUGCGACGUUGUGGACAACUGGAAGCUUCCCGACUCCUCCUCCAAGGAUCCUGAUGCCAAGACCCUCAAGGAUCCUGAGACCAAACAGGUCACUUCUCCGUGGGGUGACUCAAUUCUCCUCAAGGCUUUCGGAAACCAGGAGGGCGAUGAGAAUAAGAAGCUCAAUGGUUACAUGAACGUCUUCUGCGUUGGCUGUGGUGUUUCCGGCAGUGCCAAGCUCGCUGGCCGUGCUGCCUGGACUCCCCUCGGUGGUGUCUUCACCCAGGGCGAGGUUGAGGUGAACACAGACAUCAAGUUCGUACUAAAGGUCGGCAUCGACGCCCAGAUGACCUACAAGCAAGAGUUCAGUCACACGCUUCUGAAUGUCGGCCUGCCUGGUCUGUCCUACGGCGUCGUGACCAUCGGUCCUCGCAUCACCGUUGGCUCCCGCGUUGAGCUCGAGGCCGAGGCUAAGGGCAAGCUCCUUGCCGGUGCCGAGAUGGGUCUGCAGAACGCACACGUGCUCAUCGACUUUGUCAACCCCUCCAACAGCAAGCGCGACGGCUGGGACCCCUACUUCAAGCCAGUCUUCGAGGCCGAGGGUGAGAUCAUGCUCGCCGCGACUCUGGGCCUACCCAUUGGUCUCCGCUGCGGUCUCCAGAUCGGAGCCUACCGCAACCGCGACCCAACGGCUUCUGCUACGCCCUCCAACCCCGCAACUCCCGGAAAGUCCAACCUUCCUACGGAUCCCGAGAACCCAACUGGUCCUACGGAUCCUGAGGGGCCCACUGACCCUACGGAUCCCGAGAACCCAACUGAUCCCACCGACCCCGAGGAGAACCCGGAGGACGGCGGCGAGGAGAACCCAGAGGACGGCGGCGAGGAAAACCCCGAAGACGGUGGUGAGGAGAACCCCGAAGACGGCGGUGAGGAGAACCCCGAAGAUGGUGACGGGGGCUCUGAGGAAGACUUCGAGAACUCUGACUUCCAGGAAGCCACCAAGGUCCGCGCUCGUCAGGCAACCACAUCUGCUGUGGUCACUGCCCCCGCAAACAUCACGGGCAAGGUCGUCGACAUCACCUCCAAGAUCAAGGGUAAUGGCACCAGCGUCCUCAGCUACACCCCUGAGACCCUCCCUAAUCGCCCUUACAACACAAGCACCGGUUAUGACCUUGCGCUUCUAGUUGAUCCCGAGGCCACUACCAUGAUCGUCUCCUGCUCCAACGGCAACAUGUACGCCUUUGGUGUUGAUGGCGAGGACAAUGAGCACUGCUCUGAGAUGUGGUCGUCCAAGAACGACGUCCUCGUCACGGACGGUGGCCAGCGUCUCAUGCAUUACUAUAACAACUCCAUGUCUGCCGUCGGCGUCUCUCGUCUCCGCCUCGACGACCAGGAGAAUAUCCCCUCGGCUGGUGUCGUCGUCGCCUUUGCUCCCUAUAGCGAGGAUGACAAGACCGAUGACUACUUCUACCUGGCUGUCGAUCCCAAUGAGCAGGUUUUCUACCUGCUUGUCUGUGACUAUGAGGAUAACUCGGGUUCCAAGAUCUUCCUCGCUAAGGACCCCGAGGACGGUGCCGCCAUGCUCAUGAGCGAGGAUCUCCAGUACACUGUCACUGGUGGCAAGGUCACCGGAUGCUAUCCGCUCACUUUGAUGCAGGGCGAGUACGCGGCCGGCGACGACUACACGACUCUCAGCGAGGGUUUCUGA